UUAACACAGACGACAAAUCAAUGAAAUCAUGACCCUCACCUUCGUUGUCUCUCUCUGCGACUCUCUCCAUUCUCUUCUCGUCUCGUACCCCCCAAUACUUGGCAAAAGUAUAAGCUUGCUACUCGCUUGGCUACCCUACACUGCUAGACUACACAUCCACAGUGAGAGAGCGAUGUCAGAUCCAACCAACGACAUGCUUCCACCGCCGUUUUCACCGAACAGCUCUGCCGUCUCCUCCUCCGAUCUCGACACUGAGUCCACAGGCUCCUUCUUCCAUGAUAGAAGCACCACAUUAGGCACUCUCAUGGGCGUCACUUUAACUGCCAUUACUUUCAGAGCGUCCCCUCAGCCACGUGACUCGAACUCGAAUGCUGGCGCCGGCGCUGCUUCGUCGUCCACCGGCACUGAUAGCAACAACAAGAAAAAGAAGAAUAAAAGAGAUCCAGCGGAGCUCCUUCGGCGCCGAAGAUGGUGGAGGCUUUGUAGUGAUGGAGAGGCAAAGCCGGCGUCCCUUGGAGAAUUUCUAGAGGUUGAAAGGAGGUUUGGAGAUGGAGCUUUCUACGGUGAUGCUGCCGUGGAGCUUGCAGGUGUGAUGGUGGCUCAGCCGAGGAAUGGAGUAAAUGGACGUAUGCUGUUUGCCGAUGGGAGAGUUCUGCCUCCGGCCAGUGAGGUUGACGGUGGUACAUCAACGGCUGGGAUUCUUUGUAGAUUUCCGGUAUCACUUACGGGGAUCUGUAGCGGUGGAGUAGGAUAAAUUAAAAUUUUCAAUUUUUUUUUUAAAUUUUUGUUCAAUUUAAUUAUCUUUUUAUUUAUAAAUUGUAUUUAGGCUUUCUUUGAUUGGGUUAAUAAAAUAGGAAAGUAAAAAUUUAAAUUAA